GGAUCGAGGGCCAGGGGAGGGUCUCCAAUUCGGUUGCCUACGUGGCGCUCACUGGGUGUAUCCAGCGAGAUGAUAUAACCAUAACCACGAUGCUUCUGCGAAACCUCCCCUCUGGUCGGGGUUGCGCGGGAGUGUCGUCGUCGUUGUCUAAUUUGUGUCGAGUUGGCGGGAAAUGGGUAUUCAACGGUCGCUUUCCAAAAUCCAUAUCCAGCAAUUCGAGCUUGUCCGCCGAUUAUUACCUGCCGUCAUCGGGAUACCACCGUCGAGGGCCGUCGUCCCGACGGCAGCUGAUAUUGCUCGACGUGGGGAGGCCUACACGGGGAUCCCGACGACAGCUGAUCCAGAUUGGAGCGGCUGCUGCUGCUGCUACUGUUGCUAAGGGGGACAACCGCGCGGCUUCGCUGGUGGACUUGGAGGUCGGCAGAUCGAGGGAUCGAAUCCCUGAGAGGAAACGACAGCUGGUCGUGCUGGACAAGUCAUCAUCAUUAGCAUCAUCAUCAUCAUCAUUAGCAUCAUCAUCAUCAUUAGCAUCAUGUAGUGCUGGUCCUGCUGCCGCUAUAGUCUGUUGCGCUGCGGCGAGCUCGACGACCUCCUCCUCCUCCUUCCCCUCCUCCGCCUCCUCUUCCCCUACCUCCUUCAUCUCAUCCUCCUUCUCCUCCUCCUCCUUAUCAUCCUCAUCAAAUUCGUCGUCCUAUCUCUUAAUAUCAGCGUUGUCAGCAUUCCGAAAAGGAAAAUCGUCCGAUCCCGACGGCGGCUUACACGUGGGGCGGUUAUCAACUGCCACGUGGCGACGGUUCCUCAGUCUUAGUACCACCCCAUCGGAGAUUUUGGCGGGAAACUCUUCACGUGGCGGGAAGAUCUGCCGAGGUGGUGUUCGAUCUGACGGUCCCGUAGCAACGCCAGAGUUUGUGAUUGCUCAGUUGGGGAAGGAGAGGGUGGCUAUGCAGGAGGGGGGGGAGGAGGAGGAGAAGGAGGUGGUGAUGGUUGCUCAACCUGGACCGUCGUCAAAAGAUAAUGGUCGUCGGCGGAGUGAUGAUGUGACACGUGUCACACGUGGGGAUGUAUUGGAGGGCUAUUCAGUAAUUAUGGCGGGAAAAUCUCAAGGAGAGGGGAAUGAAGACGAAGGAGGAGGAGGAGGAGGAGGAGAAGAAAGGGAGAAGGAAAGACAAAAGGGAGAGCGGGGAGGAGGAGGAGGAGGAGGAGAAAGAGGGGAAGGAGGAGGAGGUGGUCGAGUCGGAGACGGGAGAGACCUGACCAGCGUCUCGAUUAGGAAUUUUGACGAGAGUUUGGGUCGGAUUCAGACGGCCAUCGAGGAAUGCGACUUCGUUGCUCUUGAUUUGGAGAUGACCGGUGUGGAGAGUGCCAAGUGGAGGCGGAACAUUGAGGUCGACUCGUGUGAUACGCGAUAUCUCAACGUGAAAAACAGCGCGGAGAAUUUUGCAAUUUUGCAAGUCGGGAUAUGCCCUUUCAGAUGGGAGUCCUCCAAUAAAGCCUUCGUGGCUCAGCCGUACAACUUUUUUUUAUUUCCCCGCUCACAUUUGGAAAGAGAUAUUCCAUCUCGAAUAUUUCUUUGCCAAGUGGGAUCUGUUGAAUUUCUCGCGCAACAUAAAUUCGAUUUCAACCAGUGCAUUUAUGAAGGUAAGAGUCAAACUGUAAGACAUAAUUAAAAAAAAAACGAAAAAAAACGAAGAAAAAGAAAAAAAGAAAAAAGAAAAAAAGAAAAAAGAAAAAAAGCAAAAAGAAAAAAAGAAAAAAGGAAAAAAAGGAAAAAAGGAAAAAAAAAAGAAAAAGAAAGGUUACAACUCAGAAGAGAGAAUCCCAACCUAAACCGUGAGCGUUCUCCUUUUGUUUUAGGUAUAUAUUGCAAUGCAAUGAGCUUCACAAUC